AUGGCUAUAUGCACACACGUGUCGGGCGAGACUUACAUCUUCAACCGGCUGCUUUACAGCGGCUCGCAGAGCACAGUACAGCUCGUCACCAACAUCCAGACGUACGAGGUGGUUGUGCGCAAGGUAAGCAAGUACAAACCGGUCGUACGGAAUGCCCACGAUGUAGCCAACGUGCCCGAAGACAACGAGGUGCGCAUCCUCGACCAUCUCAACGCGCUCCGCCUCAACCCGGUCUACCUCCUAACCGGCCUGACCCCGCGCUGGAGCACAUGCAUCUCUCACGAGAAAGUCGUGCAGUCCUCCGGACCCGAAUCCCAAACCGAGUGCCUGCAGGUCAGCUACUGGAAGCUCUGCAACGCCGGCAGCCUUUCCAGCUUCAUCGACUGCUGGUGCUCGGGCUCCAUGGCCGACAACAUGGAGGGCAUGUUGUUCCCGGUGAGUGUUCUUGCGCGGUGCAUUGCCCAGGUCUGCGAGACACUGCACUUCAUGUACCAAGGCCGGCCACGAGGCCGUCUAUCACUGCGAUCUGCACCUGGGACAACAUAUUUAGUACACUACGACUCCUACCCGGGCACGGACGGCCUGCCCGACUUCUACCUCGGCGACUUUGGCUGGGCGCGCACCGCUAGCGAGGAGCAGGCCGACAGCCAAACGACCCCUGGUAUCAACUGGCAAGGCCGAGCGCGUGCUCCCGGAGCUGCUUCGGCGGGUGAGCGCCGGCGGUGGGAUGUGACCCGGUUCCUGAGCAUGCUGGAGCCGCUCAUGCGAUGGACCGUCAUGCCCUGGAAAAGACGUUGGAGCGCAGAGCCGCCGAACGUACCGCUCCAGAGCAAGCAAGCCAUGGCGCUGCAGGGGCUGAUUACCAUGCUCAAGUAUGUGGACGAUCAGGACGAGACCAUGGCAGCCCGUAACCCCACGAGUCGGCCCCCAUACCUGGUGGAGGUGGUCCGGGAAGCGAAGAGGGUGGAGGAGUUUGCUUUGCAAGCAGAGAUGGGCACCGAAUCCUUCGAAGUGGUUUCCAAAUGGGGCCAGUUGCAGUUGGCUCGGAGCCAUCAAGAGAAGCCGCAUGUAUUCGCGAGCGAAGAGUGGGCGACACAGCCUCAGCUCCUGGAUAUGGGGGCAGCGCAGGCCGAGAGAUACGGCAAGGCUUACAUUGAGGGCCCGUGGACGUUGGUAAACUCGGAGUAA